UAGAUAUUAAGCGAAAAGGAUAUCCAAUAGAAAGCGAGAGAAAUACUUUACUAUCAAACUAUAUUGAAAAACCCGUUGAGAAAAAGAACCAACAAGACGCAAGACUGAAUUAUAAAUGUAUUUUCACAUAUCUACAUUGAUAAGGAUAUAAAUAUAUGAAUAAUUCGUUGGCAUAAUUUUAAAAUAAUGGCUGCCUCGAUUUUAUAUGAAAAUGCUGAGAAAUGUUUCGAACAUCUCGGACGCGAUGCUUUCGGUAAAGGAGACGGUCUUUACUGCAACGGAACAUUCGAUUCGAUCUUAUGUUGGCCAGCUACAAAAGCAGGAGAAGUCGUUCGACAAAAAUGCCCACGUUUAAGAGGACUUGACCCUAAUCGUUUCAGUGAACGUCGUUGUGGACUUGACGGCUAUUGGUUGGGCAAAUAUCAAAAUGAGACUUCAAAUACAAAUGGAUGGACAAAUUAUACAGGAUGCUAUAUACCGGAGGUUUGGGAUAUUUACAGUAAAAUGUUCGUCGAUAAACCAGAAGCGACCAAAUUGGCUUUGAAAUCGAUCGCUUACGGCACACGAACUAUGGAAAUCGUUGGACUAACUAUAUCUCUGGUCAGCUUGUUGAUCUCUAGUUUUGUCUUCUUGUACUUCAGAAGUUUGAAAUGUCACCGCACCAGAAUACAUAAAAACCUGUUUGGGGCUAUGAUCAUUCAAGUGGUAAUAAGACUGCUGCUCUACAUUGACCAAUUUGUAUCGCAACAAGAAAGUCAAUAUCUGAUGGUUGAUGGCCGUUUGUCUGUGAUCACGUCAAUUCCGUCCCUGUGCAAAACAGUGUACAGUUUGUUGGAAUAUACGAAAACAGUAUGCUUCAUGUGGAUGUUUCUCGAAGGAUUUUAUCUUCAUAACAUGAUCGUCGUGUCCGUAUUUUCGGGCAACCCAAACUACAAACUCUAUUACCUUUUAGGUUGGGGUUCUCCAAUCGUCUCAACCGGCGUAUGGGCAACAGUAAUGAUAUUCUACAGUGAAUCCAGUUGUUGGCUGUCCUAUUACUUCUUUCCUUAUAUUUGGAUAAUGGAUGGUCAACGAUUGGCUGUGAUCGUGAUAAAUCUCACAUUUUUGUUCAAUAUAAUGAGAAUAUUAAUCACCAAACUUCGUGAAAGCCACACUAAUGAAGCAGAAACACUAAGAAAAGCUGUAAAAGCAGCUAUAGUGCUUCUUCCGCUACUUGGGAUUACCAACUUUGUUGUGAUGAUUGAACCGUCUCAAGAGAACGUAGCCCUCUUUGGGACCUGGGCCUACAUAUCAUAUUUCCUCAUUUCCUUUCAGGGUUUUGGUAUUUCAUUGAUAUACUGCUUCCUUAAUAGCGAGAGAACACACGUAGAUUAUCAAGACUUUCAAAAGAAUUGCCUCGAAGGCUUGAUGUCACAGUGCCGUCAAACAUGAGAGAAAAUAGAAAUCUAGUGUAACGCCUAGAGGUAGCGGG